AUGUCCCAGGCUCCAAACAGACUACAUUCCCAAUUGACUUUAAGCAUAUACAGUCUUUUAUUCCAGGAUGACAUACCUAAGGACUCACCGGAAAGUGAACAAUAUUGGGACGAUUUUUUCAAUAUUUCAAUUUUGGAACCGGCGUUGAUCGCCACAUUCAAUUCGUUGGAUCUCUCAAAUGACUAUCAUAUUUCAAUCACAUCUCUGUGUUUCCUCAAAAGCAUUGAGCGUUUCCAUAACAGUAAAGACAUGCAUGAUAUGUACGUGCUGAAUAAUUUGAUCCUCAUUUUGAAUGCUUUCAUGAAAAGUCUAAGAUCCAUCACCGCAGAUCAAAGCAAAUACUAUUAUAAUCAAUCAAUUUAUGAAGAAAGUGACCGAAAGAUGUUGAGCAAUGACCAACUAAUCACAAAACUUCUAUUUAACUCGGAUACAUCAGAUAAGGGGGUCAUGUUAACAUUUUUUGAAAUCCUCAAAUAUGGUUUGAAUGAGCCCGGUUUAUUAAAAUCAAGUUUGAGUUUAUUGUUGAACACAUUGUUGGUGUUUUAUGGAACUGAAUUCUUUGAGUACUUCUAUGAGUGUGACCUUAACCAGGCAUUUUAUGAUAAGGUUAUACCAGCAACUGGGUCUGAUCUCUCGAUCAUUGAUUAUAAUAGACAAUUCAUUAUUAUGAGCAUAUUAAUCAACAAUUCACGAAAAAAGAAUGAAAACAUCUACAAAAACUUUCUCCGAAAUAAUGUAUCGGAUAAAAACAUAUUCAAGAUAAUAAAUAUGUAUUUGUACCCUAUUAUUUCUUUCAACUUGAUCUUAUUAGAUGAUACAAAACCCGAUCUCUCUAUUGAAAAAUCACACGGAGCUUCAUUGUUUAAUCUCUUAACUUUCAACAAAUUCAACAAGCUAAACAACUGGUAUAGAGACACAGUUUAUGAAACUUUGGAUGAAGAACUAAAGAUCUUGCUUAAAAUCAAGAAGAAUUAUACUAAAGAGAAACUCAUGCAAUUCCAAUUGGAGAAUGAAUAUUAUGAAAGCGCAAAUGACGGCAGCACCAAAAAAAAAUCCCUGAAAGAGAUCCAAUAUGCCCAAAUCAAAUGCAUUGAGUCUCUUUCCUUGAAUCUUGUGCUAUAUGCUUUUGUUGUUAAUAAUGAAGGGUAUGAGGAGUAUUUGACCCUGCACCUUAACGAAAACGACGUUAUUCAUCAUGAAGAUGAAGAGAAUGCCGUAAACAAUCUCCUCGAUUUAUUGUUAUCUUAUUCAUCGUUCAUUUUCCAAAACCAGCAUGGAAACCAAACUAAUCAUGUCAUUUCAAGAUUGAACCUUCUUAUAAUUUUCAAGCUUCUCACCACUGAUACCAACAAAAUUCAAAACAAUUUAUUGUCAACGACUAUUGAUCAAUUCAAAUUCAAGCUUUGCCAUCAAGUACAACCGAUGGUGAAUAAUUUUGUCAAUUAUAUCGACUUCACCGCCAAUGAUGACCAAUAUUUUGAUGAUGAUGAUAUCAGCAAUAACCAAUUCAAGGUGAAAAUAUUGUACAUGAUUGAUGUUCUUCAAUGUUUCUUGAGAUAUAACUUGACUGCAAAUUUAGACAUCAUCAGUAUGAAGUUAAGCGUUGAUAAUAUCUUGCUCAUUUCAAAUAUUUUAGUCAGUAACUAUAACAUGGCUUGCGCUAAUAAUGCAAACGAGAAUUACGAAGAUUUUCUUUUAGAGUACAAUUGGAAUGAAUUGUUCAACACACUUUUUGGGUUAUUGAAAUUUUUAAAUGCCGACAAAGUCGCUGACACUAAGCAUUCGUCAACCAAGUAUUUUUCCUUGAUUGAGGAAGUAUUAAUUCUACUCUGCUUCAUCCUCAUAAAUAACGAGAAGUUGUUCAAAUAUGAUAAUUAUUUGAUCGAGGUGGUUUACAAAUUGUUGGAGCAUAAACAUCUCAUGCAGUCAAUUGCGUUGAAGUUAAAAGCCAUGGGAGAGAUGUCUAUUUACUCAAAGAUAAUCCUUUCUGUGAUUUAUUUCAUGGGCACAAAACUUGGGUUCAACGACCUUGAAGAACUACAACUGGUGAUGGACUUUUCAGAAAUUUUUGAAACCACCGAGAAUGACCAACCGGAAUAUACCUUGACUCGUGGCCAUGACUUAGAUUAUACUCAAAUAGCUACCGCCUUAAGAAAUUAUAUCGGAGAAAUCCCAAUCACGAUCAAGACAAAUAAAUUACUAUCAAAAUUAUCCAAAGGCUCCCAGGAAGAAUUUAGUCUAACUUUAGAAUCGAUUGAUUUACUCAUAGAAAACUCACAAUUUGAAGAGUCUUUAAAAUAUUUGACUAAGAAAAAUUCCAUUUUCAAUAACUACAAAAUCAGUUUAAUCAAUGAAGGAAUCGACAUUAUGAUUAAAGAAUUCGAUAGAAUGUUUAGAUAG